CUUUUAUAUUUAUAUUCACUGACAUGGGAGAAAGCCCGGGAUAUUUGCAGAACAUACUACACCGAUCUGGCCAUGAUCGAGAAUGCUCAGGAAAACGGACACGUGUUGUCAAUCAUGUUAGCUUAUUCUGCGGGCUCUGGGUGGAUUGGCUUGUACCAAGUACCGUGGACGUGGUCCGACACGAGUAGUAGCACCUUCACAAACUGGGGAAGCGGACAGCCUGAUGGUAAACAAUACUGUGUGGCUGAGACGUCAGAACACUAUUGGGAUGAUGUGAGCUGUGACAGUGAGCUUUCAUUCUUCUGUCAAGGAGCCCUGAAAGUUAAGAUAGCCGUGAUGAGGAUUAAGAUUCAGACUGAUGCUGACCUUUCAGAUCCAGCUACUAACGGCGAGAUCCUUCAACAGCUAGGUGCAGUGCUGACAAACAAGGCUUCGCUGACUGACUUCAACCUGCAGUGGAAGAUUCAACCCAGAAAACAGAAGAGAAACGAAGUGAAUGAUGAAGCCAAUGGACAAGAUGCCCUUUGAAAAAUUACAUGCAGUAGGCUAUAUUGCGCAUUUUAAAAGUAACUUAACACCAGGCUGUAAAGCACUGUUUAACCACUCUCUAUGGUUGAAUGUUUCAGUGGAAACAUUGAAGGUUAGCAAAGAUGUGAUUUUCAAGGGUUUUUAGUUACUACAACUAACCUAAAAAAAGGAUGAUGAUGAUCUCAUCCUUCACCUUUGACUCGUCCGUUUUUAUAAAUUCAGGUCACCUCUUUCUGUGUCACCGCUGAUUCUUUGGUGUUCAGUUAUCUUACUUUAACAGGCAUGUCCACUGUAAAAUAUUUAUUUGUAGUGUUUUUUGAGUUCCAAAUCUUUUUUUUUUUGUCUAUGAUAGGUAGUCUACAGUACAACAAAAUGACAGACUAUAGCUGUAAUCCGUGGCUUUCUGUAAUUGUCUACUUAAUAAAGUUGAUGU